UCCAGGGUUGGUUUUCAAAAGAUGAUUUGCAUGGUCAUAUUUCCAAGCCCGGAGGCUUGGAAAAGGUCAAUGCACAUCCAUAGGGAAGCUGGAAAAACAGGUUUAGGAGGAAGACCAAGGCAUAUAUAUGUGUUCAUGUAGUAUAGGUGUUCUGGCAAACAUUCUUUGGAUUUGCAACUUGCCUAUUUACAUUUCAUGUUUUCUCCACUUAGUCCCAACAAAAUGAGCUGAGAUUUUGACUUUUCUGAUGCAUCAGUUGAUGGAGAGCUCUGAUGGGUAGCUGAGGCUCUCCUCAUCUUGUUUAUUCUGUCUAAACAGCAGUGCAACAGUGACAUUGUCAAACCAAUAACCUGCAUCUUACUUGCUUCAGGUGCCACAUGAGGUGGUGCAGAAAGCUGUGCUAUGAGGAAGACCACAGAAUGCCUUGGAAUGGAGAACAACAAAAAGGACCGUCCAUUUGGGGAGGUGUCUCAAACACUGCUCCAGCACACAGUAGCUUUCAUAGAAGAGGUGUUAGUGCCUAUUCUAAGCAAUAAGGAAAACCAUACGUCCUGGCCAGGUUGCAUUUCCCAAGAUAUGGAGCAUCCAUCCUGUGAAAUCAUGAAAAAUAAAACACAAAUUAUGAAAGGACUGAUGUCAGGAACAACUCAUCUUCCCACUCCUACAGUUGCAGCAAAGAUUGACUUGCAUCAAAUAUAUGCUGAAAAUAAACAAGAUCCCAAUUCUGGGGUAGUACUACAUGCCAUUGAAUCAAUGGUUAUUAGGUGGUCACAUCAGCUGCGUGAACUGAAUAGGGAUUCUGCUGAACCUCUUCUGCAUGGCUUUCAUUCAGACCCCCAAACUGAGCUGAACUUCUGGAAAGCAAGAAAAGACAAUCUUUUAUAUAUAAAUAAGCAACUUCAGAAUCCUGUCCAAAAAAUGAUUAAGAUCUUAAAAGCCAAAGAAAGCAGCUAUUACCCUGCUUCUCAGGACAUUUUCAAGGAAUUAGAAGAUGGUAAGGGUAGAGAGAAUGAGAUGUAUAUUUUGUCUGCGUUUAUAUGUGUGUGUUACAGAAUAAUCUAUAAUUUGUUGUAUCUUUCACCAGAAAAUCUUUUCAAAGGAGAAACUGGAGAAGCUUUGGAGGAUGUGAAAAUAGUUAAAACUACCUUAAAGAGCUUUAAGGAUUCAUUCUUUAGUCACAGAAACAGAUUGGAGAGCUCCUUCAUUUGUGGCAAGGAAUUUAAACCAUGGGAUUUCAGAUCUGAGGUGUUGUUUUCCAGAUUUGAUAUGUUCCCCAACAGCUUACUGGAGGUUGAAGAAAUUUUCAUUAACAUGUUGGAAUUUCAAAAGCUGGAAAAGCUGGAGUUUGGUGGAAUCAAGGGGAAAAUUUUAAAAACCCUGGAUCUUGACAGAUGUCUUGCCUCGGUUCUUUGUGUAGGAUUUCAUGACUGUUCAGGUUUAGAAUCCAUGUUCAAGCUUUUAACUAUCUUUGGAAGUUUUCUAAAAAAACCUGUCAUCAUGGAGGUAUUUAGCCCAAAUUACAACAUUUUAUAGGAAAUGUUUGAUGAAGAACUGGAUAACUGCAGAUGUAUAUGUGAUGAACACAUUAAAAAGGUAUGCCACAAUGUGAAAAUAAAAGAUUGUGUUCUUGAAACCUUAUUAGGAAACCUUAAAUGGUCUAAAGAACUGGAGGAAGGAAUACAGACAUUUUGGUCCCACUUCUUGAGUCUGCCUUACCCCAAACAUGCUUUUAGGUGGCAGCACAAAGGAUGGAAAGCUCCUAAAGACCAGAAGCUGCUUUUUAUUUCUCAGAAAUAUGUGGAGAUGUCGAAAUUCCUUGACCAAUAUGAAGAUCAGACGUAUUGUGAAGGGAAAGUUCAGGAGGAUGAAAUUUGUCAGUUUAAUUUAGACCAACUUCUAAUUAAGUGUAAUCCCAAAAAUGGCCUCCUGAGUGUUAAUUUUGAUCCUAAGGUCUUGGCUUUAUUGAGAGAGGUGAAAUAUCUCUUAAUGUUGAACCAACCCAGCAUUCCAGAUUCUGCUUUAGCUAUGUGUGAGAAAAGGAACAGUUUUGCAAAGUGUAUCGGAAGCCCUGAACUUCUUGUUCGGCUGUACAAGAGACAUGCAGAGGUAGAAUAUCCUCUGAUUGAAAAAGAGCUGAGAACUAUUGAUGACCAGCUAAAAGAAGUGGAAGAAAUAUGCACAGGGCAGGCGACAACCUGGUGGGACUGCAUCAAACAAGUGAAAAUGUCAGUGUGUGAUUUGGGGCAGAGUUUUCAGCAAUCAGAGGACAAUGUUGGAUCAAUCCAGGGAAUUAUGAAGGCUUGGAUGGAACAUGCCCUCUUUUUCAGGAAGGGUAAAAAAGAAGCUCUGUUAUCUGAUGACAAAGGAGAAAGACUUGCUAAAAUAUACAAAAUACUGCAAGAAGAUAGCUACCAGAUCCAUCAUCUUGUUGAGGGAAAUUUAAAGCCCUUCAAAACAGAUUCCUCCUCAGCCUCUUGGAAGAUUUAUAUACAGUACAUUGAUGACAUUGUGGUUGAUGGUUUAUAUAACACCAUAAUGCAUUCCUUAGACUUCUUUUUGGAGAACACAGAAGAAAGUUUGAAGCCAGCUCCACUUUUUCAGGCACAAAUGAUCCUUAAUGGACCAGAGAUUAACUUUAAACCUUCUCUAGAUAAAGAGGCUGGUGAUGGCUUUUAUGACCUAAUAGAUGAGCUCCUGGGUGAUGUUUUCCAGAUGUCAGGUGAAAAGGGUAGCAGCACACCUGGGAACAGAACACUGCCAGGAACAGCCUCUCCUCUUAAUGAUAUGGACAACAUGUUUGAUCUGUCUGAAAUCAGGCAGGAGAUUAUGGAGAGACUGGCAAAUGUUACCAGCAAAGUGCUGGAGUACAGAAUAUGUCUUGCUAGCUAUGUGUCUCUCUGGCUGGAGGACCGGUCUGAGUUUAUGAAGCGAUUCCUUCUCUGUGGUCAUGGUUUAGCAUCCACAAAGAUGCCUCUUACUGAUGAAGUCUUUCAACACCCUCCCACUAUUAAACUGUUUAAAGAGCAGAUUGGCAUCUAUGAAAAUCUUUAUGUUCAGAUAAGCAACAUUGAAGACUCAAAAAUUUUUGAAACUUGGUUUAAAGUGGAUACAAAGCCUUUCAAAAUGAGCUUGCUAAACAUUAUUAAGAAAUGGAGCUGGAUGUUUAAGGAGUAUCUCCUGAGAUUUGUCAUUAUUAGUCUAACUGACUUUGAAGAAUUUAUAAAAGUGGCAGAUGCUGAACUCCAAAGAGAGGUGACCAAGGGAAAUUAUUGUGUGCUGGCAGAAAUGAUGGGCCAUCUCUUGGCUGUGAAGGAGAGGCAGACAACUCUUGAUGAACUCUUUGAACCUUUAAAAGAGAUGGUUGCACUGUUAGAAAGCUAUGGACAGAAGAUGUCAAGUGAAGUUUAUGUCCAGUUAGAGGAAUUCCCUGAAAAAUGGAAUGCUGUUAAGAGAGCUGUGUCGGUGCAGCAUAAAGUAACUUCUCUUCAGGCAUCUGGGGUUGCGGUUAUUGGAAGAAAAUGCACUUUACUUUGAUGUAUGCAGAUGGAAUUCAGAGAAAGAUUUAAAAUGGAAGCUGCCUUUCAGUUUGGUGCAGAAAAUGCAUAUGCUCUCCUCUUCAAGGCAAAUCAAGAGCUUGAGAUGCUGGAAAAAGAAAUGUUACUAAUGCAGGAAUCUGCAAAACUAUUUGAAGUAGCUAUUCCAGACUGCAAGCAAAUGAAACAAUGUUGAAAAGAAGUGCAGUUGAUCAAGAUAGUUUGGGAUAUUAGUGUUUAUAUUAAUAGCAGCACUGAUGAUUGGACUAAAACCCAGUGGACACAGAUUAAUGUGGAACAGAUGGAUGUGCAGCUCAGAAGGUUUGCCAAGGAAAGGUGGUCUUUGGAUAAAGAAGUUUGUUCCUGGGAUGUAUAUAGUGGCUUGGAGUUGAAGGUGAAGAAUCUGAUGUUGUCACUGAGAGCAAUACUGGAGUUGCAAAAUCCUGCAAUCAGAGACAGACACUGCCACCAGGUCACGAAUGUGACAGGAGUCAGGCUUUUAGUAGUGGAAGAUACUACCUUGACAGACCUUCUGGGACUCCAGCUUCAUAAAGCAGAAGAUGAAGUCCAAAGUAUGGUUGACAAUGCUAUGAAGGAGUUGGGUACUAAAAAGAUUUUGGCAGAAAUCAGCCAAACGUGGGCUGCCAUGGAAUUUUCUUAUGAAGAGCAUCACAGGAACAGAGCUCCUUUAUUAAAGUCAGAUGAACAGCUGCUUGAAACUUUAGAUAACAAUCAAGUUCAGCUGCAAAUGAUUCUGAAAAGAAAAUAUGUGGCAUAUUUCACUGAACAAGUGGAAGGUUAGCAAAAUAAAUUAAACAUGGCAGAUUCUGUCAUUUCCAUUUGGAUGGAAGUUCAACUCACGUGGUCUCACCCAGAAAUUAUUUUCACUGGCUCUGAAGAUAUCGGAAGCCAGCUUCCAGAAGAUGCAAACAGAUUUGAUGAAAUCAACAGAGACUUGAAACAGUUGGUGACUGACAUAGCAAAUACAAAAAAUGUGAUGGAUGCUACAAGCCAAAGCAUGUAUCGUUAAAAUCUCUGUCUUAUUUUCAGACUUUCUCUUUUUGAAAAAGCUCUGGCUUUAUAUUUAGAAACCAAGCACGUAGCUUUUCCACGCUUCUAUUUUGUUUCUUCAGCAGACUUGCUAGACAUUCGUUCAAAAGGAACACAGCCAAAACAGGUGGCCCAUUAUCUUACCAAACUUUUGGACAAUAUUGCUGAUCUUACAUUUCAAGAGAAUAUAGAGGAAACUGUAAAUACUGCCCUUGGGAUGUUCAGCAGAGAAAAGGAGUAUGUUCCGUUCUAUGAAGGGUGUGGAUGCAGUGGUCAGGUAGAGUCUUGGUGACAGCACCAUGAGGAAACACUACACAGAACAGUGCACCUCUACAUCAUGGAGGCAAUACUGGUCUAUGAAGAGAAGCAGAGAGAACAGUGGGGUUUUGACUGUGCAGCCCAGGUUGCACUUACUGGUUCACAAAUCUGGUGGGUUUCAGAUGUUGAAAUGGCAUUCAGUAGGCUGGAAGAGGGCUUGGCAUCAGCCCUGAAGGAUAGCCACAAGAAGCAAGUCACUCAGCUAAAUGGUCUUAUUACCAUGCUGCUUGAAGAACUUUUUUCGGGUGAUCGGCAGAAAAUCAUGAUGACCAUUUGCACCAUAGAUGUUCAUGCUAGAGAUGUUGUAGCAAGCCUUGUAGCUCAGAAAGAAUGUGUCACCAGUUCCCGAGCUUUUGCUUGGCUGUCACAGCUACACCAUAGAUGAGAUGACACCCAGAAACACGGUUUUGCCAACAUUUGCGAUGCUCAGUUUCAGUACUUUUAUGAGUACUUGGGAAAUACCCCUUGGCUAUUUAUUACACCUUUGACUGACAGGUGUUACAUUACUCUAAUCCAGUCUCUCCACCUAACAAGGAGCAGUGUUCCUGCAGGACCAGCCAGCACAGGUAAAACAGAGACCACCAAAGAACUAGGCUGUGCUCUUGCUAUGAUGGUGUAUGUCUUCAGCUGUUCUGAGCAGAUGGAUUACGAGUCUAUAGGGGUUAUCUAUAAAGAUUUGGUCCAGACAGGACCUCUCGGAUGCUUCGAUGAAUUCAAUCGCAUCUUGGUAGAAGUUCUGUCAGUGGUAGCAGUACAAAUAAAGACUAUUCAUAUUGCAAUUAGGAACAAGAAAAACAACUCGGUAUUUUUAUUCCUUGGUGAAAACAUUACCCUGAAGUCAUCAGUUGGAACACCUAUUACCAUAAACCCAGGAUACGCAGGUCGGACAGAACUACCUGAAAACUUCAAAGCUCUGUUCAGACCCUGUGCCAUAGUUGUCCCUGACGUUGAACUGAUCUCAAAAAUUAUGUUGGUUGCUGAAGGGUUUAUUUAUGCGUGUCUGUUAGCCAGGAAGUUUAUUACCUUGUAUACUCUCUGCAGGGAGCUGCUUUCUAAACAGGACCAUUAUGACUGGGGACUUUGUGCUAUCAAGUCAGUUUUGGUAGUUGCUGGCUCACUGAAAUGAGGAGAUAGGAACAGAUCUGACAAUCAGGUGCUUAUGCGAGCCUUAAGAGACUUCAAUUUGCCAAAAAUAGUGACAGAUGAUAUCCCAAUUUUCACGGGUCUGAUCAGUGACCCAUUUCCAGCUCUGGAUGUUCUGAGGAAGAGGAACCUGCAAUUUGAACAGAUGGUUAAACAAUCUACCCUGGAGCUUCACUUGCAGCCUGAAGAGAGCUUUAUUCUCAAAGUUGUUCAGCUGGAGUAGCUAGCGGCACUGCGUCACUGUGCGUUUGCUGUUGGAAAUGGAGGGACUGGAAAGAGUAAGGUGCUGAAAGUUCUGCAUCACACGUAUGUGAACAUGAAACAAAAGCCUGUUUGGAAUGACUUUAACUCAAAAGUUCUGACAGCUGAUGAGCUGCUUGGUUUUAUACACCAUGCAAUCCGAGAGUGAAAAGAUGGUCUCCUGUCAUUUCUUUUGAGAGAGCAAUGUAGUACUACCCAUGAGAGGCCAAAAUGGUUAGUUUUACAUGGGGAUAUAGAUCCUAUGUGGAUUGAGUCACUCAAUACUGUUAUGGAUGAUAACAAGGUUCUGACCCUUACAAGCAAUGGACAUGUGCCUAUGACUCCAUCAAUGUGGCUACUAUUUGGUACCCCAGCUACAGUAUCCAGAGCUGGUAUUCUCUGUCUGAACACCCAGGACCUGGGGUGGAAUCUGUAUGUUGCCAGCUGGAUAGAAACAAGGAGAAACCAAUCCGAAAAGGCUAACUUGACUGUUCUUUUUGACAAAUAUGUGCCUCCUUACUUAGAACAACUCAGAAUAAGAUUUAAAACUGUUAUUCCUGAGAAUAGUGUGGUUCAGAAACUCUGUUCUCUGCUGGAUUGCUUACUGACCCCUGAAAAUGUGCCAGUGGAUUGCCCCAGAGAGCUCUAUGAGAUGUAUUUUGUCUUUGCUUGUAUUUGGGCGUUUGGUGGGGCACUCUUUCAAGAUCAGCUUUCAAAUUACCAAGCUGAAUUCAGCUGCUGGUGGCUUAAGAAGAUGAAAGCAGUGAAGUUUCCAUCCCAGGGCACAGUGUUCAAUUAUUACCUUGAUGAAGAGACAAGGAAGUUCCUGCCCUGGGUGGAUAAGGUCCUGACUCCUGAUGUGGAUCCAGAUGCACCUCUGCAAGCAAUCUUUGUUCACACAUCUGAGACUGCACAUCUCAAAUAUUUUAUUGAUUUACUCUUAACAAAAGGCAAACUAGUCAUGCUUGUUGGAAAUGCCAGAGUAAGUAAAGUGUUUGUAGGUGAUAGGCUUACUGCUCUCUCCGAAGACUACCUCCUGGAUAACAUCCCUCUCAACUACUACACAGUAUCAGCAGUGCUUCAGAAGAUGCUUGAAAAAAAGCUGGAGAAAAAAGCUGAUCAUAACUAUGGUCCAGCAGGAAAUAAGAAACUUACCUAUUUUAUUGAUGAUUUGAAUAUGCCUGAAGUAGAUAGAUAUGGAACGGUUCAACCUCAUGUACUGAUUCGGCAGCAUAUAGAUCACGGGCACUGGCAUGAUAGGCAGAAGCUAACUAUUAAAGAAAUUCAUAAUUGUCAGUAUAUUGCCUGUAUGAAUCUAAUUGCUGGCAGCUUCACUCUCAACCCUAGACUCCAGAGACAUUUUGCAGUAUUUGCUUUGCACUUUCCUUCUUCAGAUUCCCUGUCUACCAUCUAUACCAAUAUAGUCUGCUCCCACUUCCAGCAACAUGCUUUUACUCCAUCAGUAAUCAAGAAUAUUCCAGCCAUAGUACAAGCAGCCAUAUGGCUUCACCAGGUGGUGGUUCAAAACCUCGCACCAACCACUAUUAGGUUCCACUAUUAAGUUCCGUAUAUCUUUAACGUGGGAGACCUCUCCAACGUCUUUCAGGGCAUUCUGUUUGCUACACCCAAGUGUUUACAGCAACCAAAUGAUCUUCAAUAUCUCUGGCUUCAUGAAUCAGCACGUGGCUAUGGAGAUAAACUGGUGGAAAACAAAGACUGUAAUUCCCUUUAUAAAAUGAUGAUAGACGCUAUGCAUAAGUAUUUUGAGCCCCCAGUGCAAGCAUCUUCCUUACUGAGGAAAACCAGGUGCCAGAGGACAAUACACCCAUCUGGUCUUCACAGAGGAAACACUGCAAAUAUAAACUGGGAUACAAGUAUGUUCCUUUGCCUUGAUGUUCUCAAAUGUGGAACACCAGUGUUGCUGCAAUCUCCACUCAUCUAUUGCCAUUUUGCAAAUGGUAGAGCAGACCCUUGCUACAAGCCUGUGAAAGGGCAGGAACCACUGAGGAAUCUACUUGAGGAGUUCCUAGAAAGCUACAAUGAAGUGCGUGCUUCUAUGAACCUAGUCUUAUUUGAGGGUGCUGCGCAGCAUGUGUGCCAGAUCAGUCGCAUCCUAGAAGCCCCUAGGGGUUGUGCACUUCAGACUGGAGUAGGUGGUAGUGGUAAACAAAACCUGUCGAGGCUGGCAGCAUACAUCUGCUCCCUGGAGGUCUUCCAAAUAGCACUGACGAAAGACUACGGGAUCCAGGACCUGAGGGUAGAUCUUGGCAGUUUGUACAUCAAGACUGGUGCCAAGAACAUGCCCACAGUGUUUUUCCUGACAGAUGCCCAGGUUCCAGAUGAACGCUUUCUUGUGCUGAUUAAUGACUUGUUAGCAUCAGGAGAGGUUCCAGAUCUGUUCAGUGAUGAAGAUGUGGAGGGCAUAGUUACAGAAGUUAGAGAAGUCCAAGCCCUGGGCCUGAUGGACACCAAGGAGAGCUGCUGGAGGUUCUUCUUGAGUAGAGUGCAGCUGCAGUUAAAAAUUGUUCAGUGUUCCUCUCCUGCCGGUACGCUGCGAGCGAGCGCUCAGAAGUUCCCAGCCAUCGUUAACUGCGCGGCUAUUGACUGGUUUCAGGAGUGGCCGCAGGAGGCCCUGCACUCUGUCAGCGGGAGGUUCAUUGAAGAAGCCGAGGGGGUUGAGCCACUCAUCCAGGACUCCAUUUGUGACUUCAUGGCUUAUGCCCACACCAGUGUGAAUAUGCUGAGUGCCAAAUACAAUCGUAAGGACAGGCGAUACAAUUACACUAUUGCAAAGACUUUUCUGGAGAAAAUCAUGCUUUAUAAGAUCCUUCUAGAGAAGAAAAACAAGGUGUUGGGACACAUGGAGCACUUGGUGAAUGGCAUGCAGAAGCUGAAGGCAGCAGCUUUCCAGGUAGAAGAUCUAAAAUACAAACUUGCUUCUCGAGAGGCAGAACUGCAACUGAGAAAUCAAGAUGCUGAAGCUUUGAUUGCUAAGAUAGGGUUUCAGACUGAGAAAGUGAUCCAAGAAAAGGCCAUUGCAGAUGCAGAGGAGCAAAAGGUAGCAGCAAUCCAAGAAGUAUAUGUGAGACAGAAAGAAUGUGAGGAUGAGCUGCUGAAAGAUGAACCUGCUCUUGUCGCUGUUACAGCAGCCUUAGACACACUUAGUAGGGUUAAUCUUACAGAACUGAAAGCCUUCACCGAUGCACCAAUGGCUGUAAUCAAUGUUAUCGCUGCAGUGAUGGUUUUACUGGCAUAUAAAGGGAAAGUGCUCAAAGACCAAAGCUGCAAAGCUACAAAAGUCUUUAUGGGAAAGGUUGAUGACUUCUUACAAGCUUUAAUCAACUAUGAUAAGGAGCAUAUUCCUCAGAAUUGUCUGAGCGUCAUCGAGGAACAUUACUUGAAGGAUCCAGAUUUCAACCCAAAUUAUGUUCAUACAAAAUCCUUUGCAGCAGCUGGUCUCUGUGCCUGGGUCAUGAACACAGUAAAAUUCAAUGAGGUGUAUUGUGAGGUAGAACCAAAAUGUGCGUUGGCCCAGGCAAAUGCUGAAUUAACAGCAGCUGCAGAAAAACUAGAAGCCAUCAGGAAAAAGCUUCUUGUUCUGAAUAGCAAUCUGCAUAAGCUCACAGCUUCACUCAAGAAAGCAGUCACAGAGAAAGUCUGAUGUCAAGAUGAUGUGACAAACAAAACUAUUGAGCUGGCCAACGGGUUGGUCAAGGGACUUGAGUCUGAAAACAUGCAUUGGAGCCAGUCCGUCAAAGACCUCAAAGUACAAAAGAAAACUUUAUGCUGUGACAUCUUAUUAACAGCAGCAUUUGUGUCUUACUUUGGACCCUUCACAAAACAGUACUGCCAGGAACUGAUGGAACAUUUCUAGAUUCCUUUUCUAAAGUCACAAAAGGUUCCUGUUCCUGUGACGGAGAGCCUGGACCCAAUUGCCAUGUUGACGGAUGAUGCUACAAUUGCGGCAUGGAGUAACGAGGGACUGCCCAGUGAUAGGAUGUCAACAGAAAAUGCCACUGUUCUAACAAACUGCAAGCGCUGGCCUCUGAUGAUAGAUCCCCAGCAACAGGGAAUUAAAUGGAUAAAGAAUAAAUAUGGAGCUGACCUUAAAGUCGUAUGUCUAGGACAGAAAGGUUUUCUAAAGACCAUUGAAAGAGCUUUGGCUUGUGGAGAGACUGUACUAAUCGAAAACAUGGGUGAAUCUAUUGAUCCCAUACUUGAUCCUCUGCUUGGAAGACAUACAGUUAAAAAGUGAAAAUAUAUCAAGAUUGAAGACAAAGAAUGUGAAUUCAACAAGAAUUUCCGUCUCACCCUUCACACUGAACUGGCUAACCCUCACUACAAGCCAGAACUGCAGGCUCAGACCACCCUCAUUAAUUUCACUGUCACCAGGGACGGGCUGGAAGACCAGCUGUUGGCUGAGGUUGUUAGUGCUGAAAGGCUGGACUUAGAAGGAAGUAAGUCAGUCCUGGCCAAGCACCAGAACCAUUUCAAGAUUGAGCUCAGGCAGCUGGAGGAUGACAUGCUGCUCAGCCUGUCAGCUGCCCAGGGCAGUUUCUUAGACGACAGUGAACUUGUAGAGAAACUCAAAUCAACAAGGUCAACUGCAGCAGAAAUACAGCACAAGGUAGCUGAAACCAAAGAAAAUGAAGCUCAGAUUAAAGUGACAAGAGGGCAUUACAGACUGACAGCCAUAAGAGCAUCCAUUCUUUACUUCAUUAAUAACAGUCUGGACAGCAUCAACCCCAUUUACCAGUUUUCACUGAACGUAAAAGCCUUCAAUGCAGUCUUCCACAAAGCAGCAAUAAAGCAGGCUGAAAAAUCAGGGGACAUUCAGUGUCAUAUCUCUAACCUGACAGCAGCUGUCACAUAUUCAACCUUUAUUUUCACAAGCCAAGGACUUUUUGAAAAGGAUAAGCUCAUUUUCUUGGCACAAAUAGCUUUUCAGAUUCUUUUAAGAAGUAAAGAGAUAGAACUCCUUGAAUUGGAUUUCCUUCUUCAAUUCAGAGUUGAACACACUUACAGGAGUCCUGUUGACUUCUUAACUACUCAGUCAUAGAGUGUCAUUAGGGCUAUGGAAGUGAUGGAUGUGUUCCGGGGGUGAGAUAAAGGUGUUGAAAGAUCCACAGAAAGGCAGAAGAAGUGGGUGAACUCAGAAUGUCCAGAAAAUGAAAAGCUCCCCCAGGAAUGGACAAACAAAAGCUCUCUUCAGAAACUAAUCAUACUGAGGGCGCUCCGUCUGGACAGAAUGACGUACGCUCUUGGGAACUUUGUGGAGGAAAAGCUUGGCUGAAGAUAUAAGGAAAGCACAAGGAUGGACUUAGCAAAAUCCUAUGAAGGGAGCAGUCCAGCCACUCCUGUGUUUUUCAUUCUGUCUCCAGGAGCAGACCCACUUGAAGAUAUUGAGACACUAGGCAAAAAGCUUGGGUUCACUGUAGACUCUGGAAGAUUUUGUAGCAUCUCUCUAGGACAAGGGCAGGAGAUGGUUGCAGAGGAGGCACUUGAGAAGGCUGCCAGACAUGGCCACUGGGUUCUUUUCCAAAGUAUUCAUCUCGUAGCCAAGUGGCUAGGAACCCUGGAAAAACUGCUUGAGCAAUACAGUGAAGAAAGUCAUCCUGAUUUCCAUGUCUUUAUUAGUGCUGAACCAGCUCCAACCCCAGAAAAGCAUAUCAUUCCUCAAGGAAUACUAGAAAACUCAAUUAAAAUUACCAGUGAACCUCCUAUAGGGAUGCUGGCUGAUUUACAUGCCGCUUUCUACAGGAUAGAAGCUUGUGUUGAUACCCUUGAACUGUGUACCAGAGAAGUGGAAUUUAAAAGCAUCCUUUUUUCUUUGUGCUAUUUUCACACUUGCAUUGCUGGCAGACUGAAGUUUGGCCCUCAGGGCUGGAAUGGAAGGUGCCCGUUCAGUGCUAGAGAUCUCGCCAUCUGCGUCACUGACCUCGGCAACAAUUUAGAGACCCCUACAAAGGUUCCAUAGGAAGACUUGCAUUACCUCUUUGGUGAGAUCACGUACGGUGGCCGCAUCACUGAUGCCUGGGACCGCAGGCUCUGCUGUUUAUAUCUGCAAGAAUUCAUCAGCCCACCUCUGUUAAAUUUUAUUGUUAUUUUGGCGCCAGGUUUCUUGGCCCCACCAAAUUUGGAUUAUGCUGGAUACCAUAAAUACAUAGAUGAAAUGCUUCCAUCUGAAAGCCCUGUACUAUAUGGACUGCAUCCCAAUGCUGAGAUGGGAUACUUGACAACAACGUCAGAUAAUCUCUUUAAAACUCUUUUGGAAAUGCAACCCAUGAAUUCAUUCAUAGAAGAGGGAUCAGGCCAGUCUGCAGAGGAAAAGAUGAAGAAUGUCCUGGAUGAUAUUCUGGAGGUGCUUCCCAAGGAGUUUAACAUGGCAGAAAUCAUGCAGAACACUACUGCCUGGAGCCCCUAUGCCCUUGUUUGCCCUCAAAAGUGUGAAAGCAUGAACCUCCUCCUUUCAGAGAUCCAUAGGGCUCUUAGAUAGCUGAACCUCGGUCUGAAGGGGGAGUUGAUGUUCUCUCCUCACAUGCAAGUGCUGCAAUCCACACUCUUCUAUGAUGCUGUGCCAGACACAUGGACUAGACUAGCCUAUCUAUUCACAUACAGCUUUGCCCACUGGGUUACUGAUCUUCUCAUGUGGUAUGGAGAACUUGACAUCUGGACAGGGGACCUUGUGCUGCCAGCAGUGGUGUGGCUCUCUGGCUUGUUCAAUCCUCGGUCCUUUCUGACACUAUUAUUUUUUAAAACUGUAAUGCAGAGCAUGGCAUGCAAGAACAACUGGUCUUUGGAUAAGGUGUGCUUGACUGCAGAUGUUACCAAAAAGACCAAAGAAGAUUAUGGCCACCCACCAUGGAAAGGAGCCUGUAUCUGUGGACUUUUCAUGCAAGGUGGGACAUCCAGCUGGGACAUCAAGCUGGGGACCAUAGAUGAAGCCUGGCUCAAGGAAUUGCCUCCAGCAAUGCCAUGGCUAUUCCAUGAAUGUCCAGUUUAUAAAGUCAAAAGCAGAGGGCAAGCUUACGUUUGGACUUUCAACCUGAAAAGCAACGAGAAGCCAGCUAAAUGGGUUCUGGUAGGAGUAGCUUUACUUGCGGCAGUUUAGUACUAAGCUUUCAAUAGUAUGCGCUGCUUUCUCAGUCUGCCUUGUAGUUAAAGCAAAAGGAGAUAAAUAUUUUUCACAGUCAGCUGGAGUAGGAGAUUUGCCUCACACAAACACAGUCCUUAGCAUAACACUUAUGUGCUCUAUAUUGUUAUUUCUUCAUGUGCCAGUGUUGUGUUCAUACGUUUAUAGAAUAGAAUCAUAGAAUCAUUUCGGUUGGAAAAGACCUUCAAGAUCAUCGAGUCCAACCAUCAACGACGCCCACUAAACCAUGUCCUGAAGUAUCCCGUCCACUCGCUUUUUGAAUACCUCCAGGGAUGGUGACUCAACCACUUCCCUGGGCAGCCUAUUCCAAUGUUUGGCAACCCUCUCAGUAAAAAAAUUUUUCCUAAUAUCUAACCUAAAUCUCCCUUGCCUCAACUUGAGGCCAUUUCCUCUUGUCCUAUCUCCAGCCACCUGACAGAAGAGACCAACACCCACCUCACUACAACCCCCUUUCAGGUAGUUGUAGAGAGCGAUAAGGUCUCCCCUCAGCCUCCUCUUUUCUAGACUAAACAGCCCCAGUUCCCUCAGCUGCUCCUCAUAAGACUUGUGCUCCAGGCCCCUCACCAACU